AUGGAGGACACAGAAGAAUACUCGACAGAGAGCUUGCAAAGAUGUUCUUACAGAUUUCUGCAACAGACUGCCAAAGCUCUGAGUUUACCUUCUAACGUAAAGAAAGUGUAUCUUAUACAAUUAAUACAUGCGAAGAAGUACUGCAGCAAUGCUCAAGUAGAUGAUCUAGUGAAACAGGUGAGAAUGGAACGUAAACACUUGGCCUUAGCAAGAAAAAAAGCAAAGAACAAGAAAAAACACAUACAGCAAAGCACAGAAAUAUCAUCAACAAGCAAUACUAAAUCACCUCCCAUCACCACCACACCAAAACGAGUUAGCCACAUCAUGAUACGCUACAGUCCAGACCAGUAUUCACCACCGAAGCGGACAAACCGGAACAUAGCCUUGGCGACUGGGUCCAUCAAUGCAAGUGAUAGGGUACUCAGGAGUUUCAGGAGUAUCAGAAACCCCAAUUAUGUUCUGAACAAUGCUUUAAUUGGUAUUAUAAAGAGCUCUAGCUCCGAAGAGAGUAUUAAAAGUAUUGGCAAAAUAACUGUGAGUACUGAAGAUAAGUAUCAACAAGUGAAUAUGACGUCUUUGGUGAAACGGAAUGUGGGCUGGAGGAGUGGCAAUGAGGUUGUACCAGUUCUAAGGCAAAGGAGUGCAAACAUCUCACCCCAACCCGUCAAACGACAGCGCAGAUUAAGCGGAAUCUACCCUCUAAACGAAGAGACCAAAACUCCAAUCGUAUCUAUCCGUAGGGCUGACGGCACCAGGUCCAAAUUAAACGCUUAUUUACAAAAACCGUGCACACAAAGCAGCUCUGAAAGAAAGGAUCGUGAACAUAGUUUACACAGCAUUGAAGGAAUGGAGAAAAAUGCGACUAUAUCAAUAAGUUCUUCAAACAAUUUCAGAAGUACCAUCUCGAAUACGUCUUUAGAAAUGACUUCGGAGAGUACUCUCAGUUAUGACACUACUGAAGAUACCAUGUCGAACACAUCUACUGUGUAUAAAGAGAAUCAAGCGGAUUACACAGUGUAUUAUCACAAGAAGAUCAGAGCUGAGCAAGUGAGGUCACUGCGCACGAAAGAGAUAUCUAAUUGCGUGACCAAUGAGUGCAAGCUGCCGAAAAUCAAUGAUGUAUUUAGUAACUUUAAUACUGUUUAUGAGAGAGAUGUCACUCAACCGAUAUAUGUGCAAGUUGAUAAUGAAGCGGAAAUGGCCCGUAAUCAGCAACUUUUUUACCCGGAUCUACACAACUACCAGACGACAAUGCUGGAGAACUUGUAUAACUUGAAGAAUGUUUUCAUUGUGAACCAACCGCUGCUCCAGAUUAACACCACGUCUACUACGCGAUGUGUGUACAGCACGCCUAUUAUAUCAACUGCCAAGGCGCAGCCGUCGGCCAACGUGUCCAGCUACUAUAAUACUGCUACAUCGCAGUAUAGUCCACACUACGGCAUGGAAGACGCACGUGUCCAUGACUUCUUUAAAAACUUCCGUUGUGAAGAAGCUGUUUUAGAUGGAACAACUGUAAGUGUACGACGUUCAAGUUCUGCAGAGUCGGUGCAAUCCCAAGACUUGGGCGCUAACGUCACUAUACCAGAAAUGGUCGAGGACGCCUUGGAAAUCAUCAGUCAAGACGGGGACUACAUGGAACGUAUGGGAAUGGACAUCAGAAUAAAGUGCAUUUUAUGUGACUGGGCGGGACCCAGGAUCAUUCUAGAGUACCAUAUACGAAAAGAGCAUAAAGCGGACAUAGUUGAGUGCAGCCAUGGCGAGUGCGUGGCGCGCUUCACCCUGGGCGCGUUAGCGUCGCGCCGCGCCUGGCUCAGCCGCGCGCUCGAGCACCGCCACUCGCUGUACGUGCUCAGCGCCAAGUACCAGGACCCCGACCGGUUCGCCGCCACGCUCACGGUGAGUACUGCCUCCCCCCCCCCCCCCCCCCCUCUAGCGUCGCGCCGCGCCUGGCUCAGCCGCGCGCUCGAGCACCGCCACUCGCUGUACGUGCUCAGCGCCAAGUACCAGGACCCCGACCGGUUCGCCGCCACGCUCACGGUGAGUACUGCCCCCCCCCCCCCCCCCUCUAGCGUCGCGCCGCGCCUGGCUCAGCCGCGCGCUCGAGCACCGCCACUCGCUGUACCGUCGCGCCGCGCCUGGCUCAGCCGCGCGCUCGAGCACCGCCACUCGCUGUACGUGCUCAGCGCCAAGUACCAGGACCCCGACCGGUUCGCCGCCACGCUCACGGUGAGUACUGCCUCCCCCCCCCCCCCCUCUAGCGUCGCGCCGCGCCUGGCUCAGCCGCGCGCUCGAGCACCGCCACUCGCUGUACGUGCUCAGCGCCAAGUACCAGGACCCCGACCGGUUCGCCGCCACGCUCACGGUGAGUACUGCCUCCCCCCCCCUCUAGCGUCGCGCCGCGCCUUGCUCAGUCGCGCGCUCGCGCACCGCCACUCGCUGUACGUGCUCAGCGCCAAGUACCAGGACCCCGACCGGUUCGCCGCCACGCUCACGGUGAGUACUGCCUCCCCCCCCCCCCCUCUAGCGUCGCGCCGCGCCUGGCUCAGCCGCGCGCUCGAGCACCGCCACUCGCUGUACGUGCUCAGCGCCAAGUACCAGGACCCCGACCGGUUCGCCGCCACGCUCACGGUGAGUACUGCCUCCCCCCCCCCCCCCCCUCUAGCGUCGCGCCGCGCCUGGCUCAGCCGCGCGCUCGAGCACCGCCACUCGCUGUACGUGCUCAGCGCCAAGUACCAGGACCCCGACCGGUUCGCCGCCACGCUCACGGUGAGUACUGCCUCCCCCCCCCCCCCUCUAGCGUCGCGCCGCGCCUGGCUCAGCCGCGCGCUCGAGCACCGCCACUCGCUGUACGUGCUCAGCGCCAAGUACCAGGACCCCGACCGGUUCGCCGCCACGCUCACGGACCCCGACCGGUUCGCCGCCACGCUCACGGUGAGUACUGCCUCCCCCCCCCCCUCUAGCGUCGCGCCGCGCCUGGCUCAGCCGCGCGCUCGAGCACCGCCACUCGCUGUACGUGCUCAGCGCCAAGUACCAGGACCCCGACCGGCUCUCUCAAACGAAGACGACAUCCCAACAACCGGCAGCAUCACUACCUACAACAAAGUAACUGGCGAGCCAUUCACGUGGAAGGGUAACGUCGAUCAGCUGCCCCCCACCUUAACAUACGAGAACGACCCCGAUGGUUUGAAGCUAGAACUGUCUAGAAUGGAUUUGUUGCCUAACAGUGCUAAUUUGAAGCUGUUGAACAGGGAAUUAGUUAUAAGGUCGCCUAAUAAAGUGGUUGUGGGACAACCAGAGUUAGACAGUAUAUGUAUAUCGUUAGUUGUGAAGUUUUAUGGUUGA